UAUUCCACAAUAUCAUAGCAGACCCUCCUCAGUUUUGCUAAACCAUAACCCUUUCUCCUCCGAUCAUGGACAGCAUGGAUAGCUCAAGAACCAUACCGUCUCAUCAAUCUCAAAGCCCUUGCAAAAACCAUAUCUCAAUUCCGCUUGAAACAGAAAGCUUUCAUGAAGAUAGUGAGAAAAGAGGCAAGAAGCUUACAAAAAGAGGAAACAACGACAAUACUGGGAGGAGAUACCUUGGGGUGAGACAAAGACCGUCAGGUAGAUGGGUGGCUGAGAUCAAGGACUCUUCGCAGAAGCUGAGGCUAUGGCUAGGGACUUUUGAUAGAGCAGAAGAGGCUGCCUUGGCUUAUGAUAGCGCAGCAAGGCUUUUGCGAGGAAGGAAUGCAAAGACCAACUUUCAGUAUCAUGGGGUAAUGAAUACCUAUGAAGAGAACUGCAAUCUACUAGGAAAGAAUCCAAGGCUUUAUCAGCUUCUUCAGCUAACAAUCACGAAGAACCAUGCAAGAUCAACAUCUCUCAAAUCCAUUGGUACUGUUCCUUGGCAAAAUCAAAACGUAGGAAACAAAGUCGACCCAGUCGAUUUUGAUACGCUUGUUGAGGAAACUAUAUUUUGUUCUUCGACUUCAGAUCACGAUGAGGGUAGUAAUAACAAGCUUUCCCAGCUCUCACUUGGCAGUUCUAAGGUUUAUUCUUCUGUUGUUGUAGCUCCUUCCUUUUGUACUUCUCUAGAUCAAGGAGGAGAAGAGGGAAAAAAUUGUCAAGAUGCCUAAUAACUCAAAUCGAAGG